AAUUAUGUAAAGAUCUGUGAGAUUGGCAGCUAAAGAGUAAUUAGCUUUCAGGGAAGGAGAACUGGACAUUUGAUUUGGACAAUUGACUGUUGGGACUGCGGACAUGGGAGGUCACUCUCAGUUCCUGUUUGUCUGCUCAAGCCACUGCGUUGUUGUCACAUUGUCGCUCAGGCAACAGAAGUCAAAGUUAUCAUUUAUGAUCUGCUUCACUAUUCCAAUAGCACACAAUGGAAGGCUUUGUCAUACCACCUACUACAGAUGGAGCUUCCAUUCAGAGCAUGUCCAGCCUGCAGACUUUGACCAUUUUCCAUCGAGUCAUUUAACACAGCUUCAGUGUGUGGCCCCUCAACAAAUGCAACCUUACCGCUUCAGUGCUGACGGUCAUCUUCACCUGGAGGCACCUCUCUCGGUGUUGCCACAAAUCCCAAAUUAUACCUCAUCACUAUACUAUCAGUACCAAAACCCAGUCUCACCCAUCCAGUACUACUCAGAAGAAGAACAAAGAGGUGUCAGCCCCCCACUUGAGGUAUCAGAAGGCGAGGAUGCAUCUGAAUACCACAACCUGCCGUCAAUCAGGAAAGACACCAACGGCAAAAGGAAAAUUCGCUUGUACCAGUUUCUCUUGGACUUGCUGAGAAGCGGUGACAUGAGUGACUCGAUCUGGUGGGUGGACCAGGAGAAGGGCAUCUUUCAGUUCUCCACAAAACACAAAGAAGCCCUGGCGAGUCACUGGGGAGUCCAAAAAGGAAAUCGCAAAAAAAUGACCUACCAAAAAAUGGCUCGUGCUCUGAGGAACUACGGCAAAACUGGUGAGAUUCAAAAGGUGAAAAAGAAGUUGACCUACCAGUUCAGUGAGGAAGUUCUAAGGAGCUUCUGUACACAACUGUACUCUCGCUGACGAAGAAAUUUGAUUGAUACAGUAUUGUGUGCUUGCGAUUGUAUUACUAUUUAUUUGCUUCCUAUGAGAUAUUUGCUAUAUUUACUAAAUGGUUUCAUUUGAUCAUCUUUUGACACCCAGGGAAAAAUAUUGUAAAUACUUUUUGUUGUCCCAUAUCAAUAAAGUUGACAUUAAUACUCA